GUUCGAGACGCAGCGCACGAGAACAGCGCCUAUAGGCUGCAUUUAAGCACUAAUAUAAGUCCAAGCAAGAAGAAAAAUCGCAGAAAAGGAGCAGGACAGAACCUCCAGAAAGAACAGAUCGAUCGUUUGGAAAAAAAUCAGCGCUCCUAACUUUGAAGGACCGCAGUGAGCGCGCAUCACUGCCUCGGUAACCAUCACGCUGAAGAGAUCCUCACCGACUUCAGCAAUGCGUUCCGGUGUGCUCCUGCUGCUGCUGCUGCUGCUGCUUCUGAUCUCCGGGCUGCUCGGGUUCGGAAGCUCUGUUGUGUUUAUCCAGCAGCCUCAUGACCUGGUGGUGGUGGCCGGGCAGCCUGUGACCCUGCCAUGCUCCAUUACUGGAUAUCAUGGCAUGGUGCUGUGGGUCAAAGACGGACUCGCUCUGGGGGUCAACCGAGACAUGUCAGGUUAUCCACGCUACGAUGUGAUUGGGGACCACAGCAAAGGAGAAUAUCACCUACUGAUCCAGAGGACCGAACUGACCGAUGACGGCAGCUUUGAGUGUCAAGCCAUCCAGGCUGCUACCAGAUCUCGACCCGCUCGGCUCACUGUUCUGGUUCCUCCUGAUGACCCCGUGAUAGUCGGAGCGCCUGUGGUGAGCUUGCGUGCAGGGGACUCACUAAACCUCACCUGCCAUGCCAACAACGCCAAACCAGCCGCCUCGAUCAUCUGGAUCCGUAACGGAGAGGUACUGAACGGUGCCGCUUACACCAAGACACUGUUGCGCGAUGGCAGAAGAGAAAGCACGGUCAGCACGCUCCACAUCUCUGCCUCGAAUAUCGAGAGCGGCCAACAGAUCACCUGCCGUGCUUCCAACAAAGCGGCGCCCAACGGCAAGGAGGCCACGGUCACCAUCGACAUCCAACAUUUCCCACUGGUGAACCUCUCUGUGGAACCGCAGCCUGUUCUGGAAGGAAAUCUGGUCAAGUUCCACUGUGCUGCUAAAGCGAAUCCCCCUGUCACUCAUUACAGAUGGGCGAAGGGGGGAAGCAUGAUCACAGACGUAACGGGAGAUACUUAUGAGGUGCUGGUUGAUCAUUCCUUCUUCACCGAGCCAGUAUCCUGUGAGGUGACCAAUGCCCUGGGCAGCACCAACAUCAGCCGUAAUGUGGAUGUUUACUUCGGGCCCCGUCUGGCUGCUGAACCCCAGAGCCUUCAGGUGGAUCGGGGAUCUGAUGCCGUGUUCAGUUGCGCUUGGAUUGGAAACCCUUCGCUCACCAUCGUCUGGAUGAAAAGGGGCCAUGGAGUUGUACUAAGCAAUGAAAACACCUUGACACUGAAGGCAGUGAGACAGGAGGACGCUGGGAAAUAUGUAUGCCGAGCUGUGGUGCCGCGAGUGGGAGUGGGAGAGAAGGAGGUCACGCUUACUGUCAAUGGACCUCCCACCAUCUCCAGCACACAGACGCAGCAGGCUCUGUACGGGGAGAAGGGCCAGAUCAAGUGUUUCAUCCGCAGCACCCCUCCUCCAGACCGCAUUGCAUGGUCAUGGAAAGAAACAGUGCUAGAAUCAGGAACAUCGGGCCGUUAUACCGUGGAGACCGUGAGCACAGAGGAUGGCGUCAUCUCCACCCUCACCAUGAGCAACAUCGUUCCUGCUGACUUCCAAACCAUCUACAACUGCACCGCAUGGAACAGUUUCGGCUCUGACACGGAGAUCAUUCGCCUUAAAGAGCAAGGGUCUUUGCGCUUGGCCGUCAUCAUCGGGGUUGCAGUGGGAGCUUUCCUGGCUCUCAUCGUCCUCAUUGGGACCCUGGGGGCUUUCUGCUGCGCUCGACUGCAGAGGAAGGACAUGCACCUGGUGAUGUCAUCACUCCCAGUGUCCCUCUCCUCUCGGCAGCGAGAGCUCUCCGGCACGUUAAAAAGCGAAAAUCUCAAAGGGGUUGUAUCUGCUAAAAACGACAUCCGAGUGGAGAUUGUCCAUAAGGACCAUAACGCAGCCAGAGAACCGGAAGACCACGGCAACAUGAAGCAAAUGAUGAUGGAGCGAUCCGAGUUUCAGCAAGAGUCGGUGUUGAAACAGUUGGAGGUCCUGCAGGAGGAGGAGAGGGAGCUACAGCACAUUAAGGAUCCAACCAACGGUUACUACAGUGUGAACACCUUCAAAGAACAGCCGACCCCGACCAUAUCCCUGACAGCCAACCAGAACACAGAGGUCCGAAAUCCUGCCACAGCGACCCUCGGAAAACACCGCGUCCCCACCGGCAUGUCUUACACCAACAUUUACAACACACUGGGCGCCGGUCCCAACCGCCUAUAUGACUACAGUCAACGUUUCGUUUUGGGAAUGGGCAGCAGCUCCAUCGAGUUGUGCGAACGUGAGUUUCAAAGGGGAUCGCUCAGCGAUUCCAGCUCGUUCCAGGACACGCAGUGCGACAGCAGCGUCAGCAGCUACAGCAAGCAGGAUGCAUACGUGCAGUUCGACAAAGCUAGCAAAGCCUCGGUGUCGUCUUCGUCCCACUACUCACAGUCAUCAUCCCAGAACUCGGACCUGACUCGACCACUACAGAAACGAAUGCAAACGCACGUUUAACUAAAGGACUGAAUGUCAUAACGUGCUUUUGGACGAACACUAAAGGUGAGUCACCUGUGUUUCAUGCAUCAUUUGUGAACAAAACCAAACGUCGCAAGCUUGGAAAGACUAUACCGACAUCUCAAGCUCAUUUUUCUGUAUAUUUUGAAAAGUAACGUGUUUUUUAGAUCUCAUGUUCUUUGUGGAAGACUUGCGAGUUUGAAAACUGAAAACGAGGGAAGCCAACCCUUGGACGUCGUUUCAUAACAUGACAAUCAGGAGUCCAUCCACACAGCCACCAUUGACUAUCACGGUGAGCCGAUCUAAUCUGUUCCAUGCAGGAACUUGGAACUGUGGGAGAACCUUGAGGGUUGUGUUCGUUUUUUUUUUUUUUUAACGAGAAGCCAAACUUGGGCUGCUUAGCAGUUCGUCUACUGUGGCCCAAAGCACAAAAGUGUCUGUUCAAUGCCAACCGCAGUGUUUCUCUGCUGAUAAAGAGAUCUAAACGAGGAUGAAUUAUCCUCCGGAGGUCGUCGCUCAAAAUUAUCAUUCUGUGCUUUUCUAAGGACUCUGUAAGAUAGAUUUCACUUGUGUGCACUAAACUGUUUUUUAAUUACAUCUCUGUUCUCCUUAUGUGGUCUCUCGUCUUUACGAUUUCAUGCUUUGUGUUUUUUUUCCAACGCAAAUGCGAAUGUGUAAAAACACACACAGCCAAACUGCAUGUGUGGAGAGUUCUUCAGGAGCUUUGCUAACGUGGACAGCAUAGUGUUUACAUGCCAGAGACCAGAAUGUAAAUCCCAAUACUUUAUUUUCUCAAUGCGUAUUAAAUGUGAGCUGAUCAUUUCAACAAUUCAUGGAUAAUAAAUGCGUUUACGUACGUACAUGUCCUGUGAAUUCAGUCGCUCUCUUGUUAGAAGCUUCUUUUAUACCUCCAACAAUGUGUUGUUGUAGUAGUUGUUGUUGUUGUUGUUCUAUACAUCAUUGCGCAUAAACUCCACAUUCUGGUGGGAGUAUGACUGAAUUCUUUUUGUUCUGAUGUUCUGUUUAUUUUAAGGCUGCCAUAUGUUUAAGCUCACUGUUUUAAGUAAGCUUCUCUUUCCCGCAGCCCCCCUGAAUGUCUGGCGUAAACGUUUACAUCGCUUAAUUGGUUCAGGAAGUGCCUCCCGUCGACGGAUGAGCCUGCAGAACAUUCAGAGUGAAACUUUUAACUCGAGCUGUGCAUCAGAGCAAUUAUACUGAUCAAAUAAUCAUGAUUACAAAAUAAGUGUUUAAUAAAACAGUGUGUGAGAAA